UGAGAAAUGGCAAAACAGAAAGCUGAAAACAGCACAACAAGUAAGCAAAAUUUAAUUUCAAUCGUUCUUUCGUCGGACCUCAGCCAGUGUGUUCCCGAGCAUGGUGUCCCACCAAUCCACAACGCUCACACUUCCGAUCCAGAGCCGGACAGUUCUCGUCGUUCGCGUAGUGGCCCGUUCUUCCGCACCGAAAGCACUCCCGUCUCGGGUUGUUCUUCGAACCGGUGGCCGUUUGAGCGAUCUUGUUCACCUCCUCCAGACGCGGGCUCAACUUCGUGGCAUGCCGAUAAGCAUCGCCAUGCCGAUAAGCAAGCGCCGAUGGUCUCGACCCAAGCAGCAUUUAUCGUUGCCAAGCCUUAUUUGCAACUAAUUCAAAACAAUCCAAAAUAG